CACGUAAUGGGUAAUCAUGCCAAAAACGCUCCGUGACUUCAAGGGGGUUUCGAACCCGGAAUCAAGUGAAUACUUAAAUUCAUAAGUAUCUCAUCCUUACCACUGGACCAAACUCCCUGGUUAUUAAAAAUUUCAACUUAAUCAUCUCAAAAGUUGACCAUUCAUUUUGGCACAUUUUACCCCUUUUUCUAUGUCAGUUAUGUGCAUGAAAUUGCCGGUGCACAGACGAAUAUCACGUGCUAUAUUUCAUGCAUGCGUAUCAACCCACCUCAAAAUCCAUUCUUUUUCCAGUAAUCGACUCAUCGACGCAGCCAAAUCUCAGUCCUCCAUAACCGGCAAAGCUUCAGUGGAUUCAGACAUUGAUCUCUCUCGCUCUCUGUCAGACCCAUCUCUGAAUGCCCUCAAGCUGUUCGACGAAUUGCAUGACUCGGACGUGGUGUCAGUCUCGGCCUUACUCAGCCGCCUCGCCAAGUCCCACCGCCACCGAGAUGUCCUGCUCUUGUUCUCACGAAUGCUCCUCCUGGACAUCCGCCCGAAUGAGUUCACGUUCGGGACCGUGAUUCACUCCUCAACUGAGCUGGAGGACCUCAGCUUGAGCCGGCAACUCCAUGCUUGCUCGACGAAGAUGGGCCUCAGCUCUCACGUCUUCGUGGGCAGUGCGGUUCUUGAUUCUUACGUCAAGUUGGGGACUGUAAAAGAUGCUCGGAGAGUCUUCGAAGACACGAAUGACCCGAAUGUGGUCUCCUACACUACUCUAAUCUGCGGGUAUCUUAAGAGAGGGAUGUUUGAGGAUGCGGUUGGUGUCUUCCGAGCAAUGCCCGACAAGAAUACCGUAUCAUGGAAUGCGGUGAUCGCAGGGUGCAGCCAAAUGGGCCGCAACGAGGAUGCAGUUAACUUUUUUGUGGAGAUGAUGAGAGAAGGCUGGAUCCCGGACAAGUCGAGUUUCCCAUGUGCAAUCUCUGCAGCAGCCAAUAUCGCAGGCCUCGGGAUGGGCCGCAGCUUCCACGCUUGUGUGAUCAAGUGCUUGGGAAAGCCUGAUGUGUUUGUCGGCAACUCAUUGAUUAGCUUCUAUGCGAAAUGCGGGAGCAUGGAAGAUAGUCUUUUAGUUUUCCAGAAGCUCAUGCAAAGAAAUAUUGUUUCUUUUAAUGCCGUCAUUUACGGGCUUGCCCAAAAUGGAAAGGCCAAGGAGGCUAUAGACUUCUUCGAGAAGAUGCAAUAUGCGGGAUUUAAGCCUAAUGGCGUGACUUGUCUCGGGCUGCUGUGGGCGUGCAAUCAUGCAGGUCUCGUGGAUGAGGGCUACUCGUACUUCAUCAAGUGGAGAUCAGAGGAGAGCCCUGACUUGCUUAAGCCUGAGCACUACGCUUGUAUGGUCGAUCUGUUGUCUCGGUGUGGGCGAUUCGUGGAGGCAGAACAGUUUAUUUCAGACUUGCCCUUUGACCCAGGAAUCGGGUUCUGGAAGGCGGUUCUUGGGGGCUGCCAAAUCCAUUCAAACUUAGAGCUUGGUGAGCUUGCAGCAAGAAAGAUCCUGGCCUUGGAUCCCAUGGAUGUCUCAUCCUACGUUAUGCUCUCGAAUGCUCACUCUGCAGCAGGGAGGUGGGAGAGAGUCUCAAGCAUGAGGAAGGAGAUGAAAGAGAGAGGGCUAUUGCGUGUCCCGGGCUGCAGUUGGAUCGAAGGGAAGAACAAACUCCAUGUUUUUGUGACGUCGGACCGGAAUCAUGAGCAAAAGGACGAGAUUUACGUGGUAAUGGGAAUUUUUCUCGAGCAUUUGAAGGAGAUGGAAGCUCCAAAUCUUCUCCUCGAGCUCGACCACUAGUCCCUCGGUUGGCAUUGCCUAAACU